AUGGCGCCUGUCGCUGCGGAAAUGGAAGGUACAGGGACGGCGGGCUUUGCAAGCGGGUCAGGAUCGAGCGCAGAGCAGGACACCAGGGCUCCCUCAAAACUCUCACCCGCCAAGACGGCGUGGUCGCACCUCGUAGACUAUACGCCGCCCACUCCGGCGCCGGUGCAAGAGAGGCACAGGAGCAGCGCCGCUUCUUUCGUCCCACCUUCUAGUCAGGCCUACUUUGCAUCCACCAUCUACCAGCAGCACAGACCCCUGAUCAUCGAUGCUGGGUCCUCCGAACUCAGAGCAGGUUGGGCGAAUGACGACAAGGACGCGCUACCGGAGUUGACGCACGAGAGUCUGGUGUCGAGGUACAAAGAUAGGAAGAAGGGUAAUCAGGUGCUUUUGGCCGGUGCGGAGGCAAAUGUCGACGGACCGGCAAAGGGAGCUGCGAGAAGUCCUUGGGAUGGCGACGUGAUCACCAGUACAGAUCUCCUUGUGAGUCGAAUUGGGCUUCGAGAGCUGUUUUGGUCGAGUCAUAAUCUUACGACCUCUUGAAUACCCUCAUCGACCUCCUUUGGGCAGGAAAAUCUCAUCGAUUACGCUCUGCUCAAGCUGGGCGUAGCCAGCGAAGGCAGCGUUGAGCAUCCCAUCGUCAUGACAGAGACGCUGUGCAAUCCAUCUUUCCCUAGAUCACGUGAGUCUUCCGAGCCGUCGUACACGAGCCUGUGCGCUUACAGCAUGUCUUCUCUUUUGUCCCGCCAUCUCCAGUCACUUCCGAGCUCCUGUUUGAGACUUACGGUGUGCCUUCGGCUUCGUACGGUCUAGACUCUCUAUUCUCAGCUUAUGCGAAUGGUCUAGAAGAUGCGCUCAUCGUAUCUUCUGGUCAUAGCGGCAGCCACAUCGUCCCCCUCGUCGGGGGAAGAGGUGAUCUGAACCAUGCCAAGAAGUACGUCGUCGUUCGAAGACACGCGCUCGUCGGCGUCUUUGCGCACUGCUGACCAAUUCUACUCCACCUCUGCUCGGGAAUCAGGCUCAACCUAGGGGGCUCGCACGCCACCGACUUUCUCCUGAAGCUGACACAGCUCAAAUAUCCCGCCUUUCCUACCCGCGUCAAUCCAUUGCAAGCCUCGUGGAUGCGUCAAGAGUUUUGCUACGUCUACACUCCAGCGACAUCUUCAUAUGACGACCACAUCAGGCGACUUUCAAACCCUGAUGAGCUAGCAAAGGAAGACCGGAUCAUCCAGUUUCCCUUUGCCAUCGCAGAGAAGGAGGAGAAGACCGAGGAAGAGCUUCAGCGACAGGCCGAAAAGAAGAAGGAAAGCGCUAGGAGGCUGCAGGAGCAGACACAAAGGAUACGGCUCGAAAAGGUGAGCAUUGGUCUCGAAGCUGUCAUCGCGAGCUGCGUGGGAAGACUGACGUCCUACGCUGCUUCCAAAAUCAUACAGCUGCUGCAGAAGGAGAACGACUUGGCGUACUACAACCAAGUUAAGGAAUUUAAAGCGAAAGAGCGCAAAGCAGAUUACAUGGUGAGUGCAGCGCCACCCGAUCGUUUCGAAGCGGCGAGGUCCUGACAUGCUGUCUCUUUCAACAUAUUUCCCCAGAAACGUCUUGAAGGAGAAGGGUUCGAGACGGAGCAAGCACUAGAGCAGACCACCAAGAAGCUCGAGGCUGCUCUCAAGCGAAGCCGUGCGAGAGAGCUAGGUGCAGAGGAUGAGCCCGCCGUGAGUUGAAUUAAAGGUGUCGUGCUGCAAUAGUGCAAUUUCGCAUCUUGAAUCCAGCCGCGCGGCACCUUGCAGGAGCCGCCGAGUUUUCCGUUGGUAGAAGUUCCCGAUCAUCAGCUGGAUGAGGAAGGUGUAAAGGAAAAGCGAAGGCAGCGCUUGAUGAAGGCGGGCUACGAUGCUCGAAUACGCGCCAAGCUGGAGAAGGAAGAAGAGAAGAGGCUGGAGGAAGAAGCCAGACUUAGAGAUGAGGCUGAGAGGGAGAAUGACCCUCGAGCAUGGGCUUCCAAAGUGCGGGCACAGUAUCAGGUGCGUGGCGCCUUGAGAGCAACGCCUGCACGCCCUACUUUGAGCCCUAAACUUACUCUUCAUACGCUUGCAAAUCUUGGCCCCUUGUAGGAGUCCAUCGCCAAGGCUAAAGACAGAAUAAGACGAAAGGAAAUGCUGGCCGAUCGCAAAAGUUUGGCUGCUCAGGAGAGGAUGAAGACCAUCGCCAAUCUGGCAAGCGAGAAAGGGGACACUUCGGGUCCGGGAAGCACAAAGAGGAAGCGCGGCGGUAGAGGCGGUGCCGACGGUGAGUGUAUACUGAGCUUCUCGACGCGCGGGCUUUGUGGACAAAGGCUGAUCGUCCCUGUGAUGCGUUCACAGCUGAUGAUGGUUUCGGCGCCAAUGACGACGACUGGUCGGUCUACCGCGAGAUUGUGAGUUGAGUCGGGUGGCGUGCAAUGCAUGCUGUGUCUGAUGCUCACAUCACCCGGCAUGUACAGGGAAACGCCGACGACUCUGAAGAGGAGGAGGACGACAAGGUGACCCUUGAGCAGCUGGAAAGGCGCUUACUGGAUCAUGAUCCCACUUUCACGGAAGACGACACUUGGUCCGCAGUCGAAGCUCGCAACAACAAGAUCACGACAACCUUUCUGAGGGGCUACUAUCCUCCUUGGGACCCCGAUGAUGUGGCUCAAGCGCAUCAAAUCCAUCUCAAUGUCGAGAGAGCCAGAGUUCCGGAAAUACUUUGGCAGCCGAGCAUCGCUGGUGUCGAUCAGGCUGGACUAGACGAGCUGGUAGCUCACGUCUUGCGCAACUAUCAGCAAGAUGUCAGGAAGAGGCUGGCCAACGUGCGUGCUGCCGGGUCGAUGUCCCCUUUUGGUGAAAUACUCCAGCUGACUCUUUCGUACGUCUUUUUGCCGCUGCUAGAACAUCUUUGUGACGGGACAGCAUACGCAAUACCCAAAUUUCGACGAUCGCUUAUGCCAGUCAGUGAGGGCGACGCAGUCGGUGGAUGUACCUGUGCGAACCGUUCGGGCAAGAGAUGUGAGGUUCGAUGCAUGGAGAGGCAUGUCCAUGUGGUCGUUGACGGACGACUUUCAGAAGACGUGCAUCACCAAGGCCGAUUGGCAGGAGAAGGGAGCGGAUUACUUGAGCGUUAGACACGCUCAUCGGUUCACUGCUGCGAUGUACGACUAG